GGCGCCGCGGAGAAUCCAGCGCCUGCCGGCCAGGCAGCUGGGAGGUGGGUGGGCCGUGCAGCCAGCCCGCCCGCGGGGCCCCCAUUGGCCGCCUGCCGGCCGCCCUCCGCCCGGAAGGCGGCGAGGCGCCUAGGGGCUGCUCCAGAGCCGAGCGGGAGAUCCCCGCCACGCCGACGCCAGAGCGGACGCGCGGGCCCGCGUCCCCCACUCGCUCGCUCUGUGCGCUCCCGCUGCCACCCGCCGUGUCUCCAGCGCCGGCGCCCACGGUCGGCUCCCGACUGCGCUCCGGAGGGACUCCGGGACUGGAGGCUGAUGUAUGAGGGGCCCACGGAGGCGGAGGAGCGGUGGUGAUGGUUUGGAAAGCCGAGCUGAAGUGCUCUGGGUUUUGGUGAGGCGUGGCAGUUUAUCAUGACUGUGUUCAGGCAGGAAAACGUGGAUGAUUACUACGACACCGGCGAGGAACUUGGCAGUGGACAGUUUGCAGUCGUGAAGAAAUGCCGUGAGAAAAGCACUGGUCUACAGUAUGCCGCCAAAUUUAUCAAGAAAAGGCGGACAAAAUCCAGCCGGCGGGGCGUGAGCCGUGAAGACAUCGAGCGGGAGGUCAGCAUCCUGAAGGAGAUCCAGCACCCCAAUGUCAUCACCCUGCAUGAGGUCUACGAGAACAAGACAGAUGUCAUCCUGGUUUUAGAACUCGUUGCGGGUGGUGAGCUGUUUGACUUCUUAGCUGAAAAGGAAUCUUUGACCGAAGAGGAAGCCACUGAAUUUCUCAAACAAAUUCUAAAUGGUGUUUACUACCUACACUCCCUUCAGAUCGCCCACUUUGAUCUUAAGCCUGAAAACAUCAUGCUUUUGGAUAGAAAUGUCCCCAAACCUCGGAUCAAGAUCAUUGACUUUGGGUUGGCCCAUAAAAUUGACUUUGGAAAUGAAUUCAAGAACAUAUUUGGGACACCAGAGUUUGUUGCUCCUGAGAUAGUCAACUAUGAACCUCUGGGUCUUGAGGCAGAUAUGUGGAGUAUUGGGGUAAUAACCUAUAUUCUCCUAAGUGGGGCCUCCCCCUUUCUUGGAGACACUAAGCAAGAAACAUUAGCAAAUGUAUCUGCCGUCAACUAUGAAUUUGAGGAAGAGUACUUCAGUAAUACCAGUGCCCUAGCCAGAGAUUUCAUAAGAAAACUCCUCAUCAAAGAUCCAAAGAAGAGAAUGACAAUUCAAGAUAGUUUGCAGCAUCCCUGGAUCAAGCCUAAAGAUUCCCAACAAGCACUUAGUAGAAAAGCAUCAGCAGUAAACAUGGAGAAAUUCAAGAAGUUCGCAGCCCGGAAAAAAUGGAAACAAUCCGUCCGCUUGAUAUCACUGUGCCAAAGGUUGUCCCGGUCGUUCCUGUCCAGAAGUAACAUGAGUGUUGCCAGAAGUGACGACACUUUGGAUGAGGAGGAUUCCUUUGUGAUGAAAGCCAUCAUCCAUGCCAUCAACGACGACAACGUCCCUGGCUUGCAGCACCUCCUGGGCUCAUUGUCUAACUAUGACGUCAACCAACCCAACAAGCAUGGGACACCUCCGUUACUUAUUGCUGCUGGCUGUGGGAAUAUUCAGAUACUACAGUUGCUCCUUAAAAGAGGCUCAAGAAUCGAUGUCCAGGAUAAGGGUGGCUCCAAUGCCAUCUACUGGGCCUCGCGGCAUGGCCACGUAGAGACGUUGACAUUUCUCAGUGCGAACAGAUGCCCUUUGGAUGUUAAAGACAAGUCUGGAGAGACAGCCCUUCACGUGGCAGCUCGCUACGGCCACGCCGAUGUGGUUCAAUUACUGUGCAGCCUCGGCUCUAACCCCAAUUUCCAGGACAAGGAAGAAGAAACCCCCCUGCACUGUGCUGCCUGGCAUGGCUAUUACUCUGUGGCCAAAGCCCUUUGUGAAGCUGGCUGCAAUGUGAACAUUAAGAACCGAGAGGGAGAGACACCCCUCUUGACAGCCUCCGCCCGGGGCUACCAUGACAUCGUGGAGUGUCUGGCUGAACAUGGAGCCGACCUUAAUGCCUCUGACAAGGACGGACACAUUGCUCUUCAUCUUGCUGUGAGACGAUGUCAGAUGGAGGUCAUCCAGACCCUCCUCAGCCAGGGAUGUUUCGUUGAUUUCCAAGACAGGCAUGGCAACACCCCUCUGCACGUGGCCUGCAAAGACGGCAACGUGCCUAUUGUGGUGGCCCUCUGUGAAGCCAGCUGCAGCUUGGAUAUCUCAAACAAGUAUGGACGAACGCCUCUGCACCUUGCAGCCAACAAUGGGAUUCUGGACGUGGUCCGCUACCUCUGCCUGACAGGCGCCAACGUGGAGGUGCUGACCUCAGAUGGAAAGACAGCAGAAGAUCUUGCUAAAUCAGAACAGCAUGAGCAUGUAGCAGGUCUCCUUGCAAGACUCCGAAAGGACGCGCACCGAGGACUCUUCACCCAGCAGCUGCGACCCACACAGAACCUCCAGCCGAGGAUCAAACUGAAGCUGUUCGGCCAUUCCGGGUGUGGGAAAACCACCCUCGUGGAGUCUCUCAAGUGCGGGCUGCUGAGGAGUUUUUUCAGAAGACGCCGGCCCAGACUCUCCUCCACCAACUCCACACGGUUCCCGCCUUCACCCCUGGCCUCCAGGCCUGCAGUCUCUGUGAGCAUCAGCACCCUGUACCCAGGCUGUGAGAAUGUGAGCGUGAGGAGCCGCAGCAUGAUGUUCGAGCCAGGCCUCACCAAAGGGACGCUGGAGGUGUUGGUGGCCCCAUCUCACCACCCACACUGUUCUGCCGAUGACCAGUCCACUAAAGCCAUCGACAUCCAGAAUGCCUAUCUGAAUGGAGUCGGUGAUUUCAGUGUGUGGGAAUUCUCUGGAAAUCCUGUAUACUUCUGCUGUUACGACUAUUUUGCUGCAAAUGAUCCCACAUCCAUCCAUGUCAUCGUUUUUAGUCUGGAAGAACCCUACGAGAUCCAGCUGAACCAAGUGAUUUUCUGGCUUAGUUUCCUGAAGUCCCUUGUGCCAGUUGAAGAGCCUAUAGCCUUCGGUGGCAAGCUGAAGAACCCACUCCGAGUUGUCCUGGUGGCCACCCACGCCGACAUCAUGAACGUCCCACGUCCAGCUGGAGGCGAGUUUGGAUACGACAAAGACACAUCAUUGCUGAAAGAGAUCAGGAAUAGGUUCGGGAAUGAUCUUCACAUUUCAAAUAAGCUGUUUGUUCUGGAUGCUGGGGCUUCAGGCUCUAAGGACAUGAAGGUGCUUCGAAAUCACCUGCAAGAAAUACGGAGCCAGAUUGUUUCAGUGUGCCCUGCAAUGACUCAUCUAUGUGAGAAAAUCAUCUCCACUCUGCCUUCCUGGAGGAAGCUCAAUGGGCCCAACCAGCUGAUGUCCCUACAGCAGUUUGUGUAUGAUGUGCAGGACCAACUGAACCCCCUGGCCAGUGAGGAGGACCUCAGGUGUAUAGCCCAGCAGCUACACAGCACUGGCGAGAUCAACAUCAUGCAGAGUGAAACCGUGCAGGACGUUCUGCUCCUGGAUCCCCGCUGGCUCUGCACCAAUGUCCUGGGGAAACUUCUAUCUGUUGAGACCCCACGGGCCCUGCACCAUUACCGGGGCCGCUACACCAUGGAGGAUGUCCAGCGCUUGGUGCCUGACAGUGACGUGGAGGAGCUGCUGCAGAUCCUAGAUGCCAUGGACAUCUGCGCCCGGGACCUGAGCAGUGGCACGAUGGUGGACAUCCCUGCCCUGAUUAAGACAGACAACCUGCACCGCUCCUGGACAGAUGAAGAGGAUGAGGUGAGGGUCUACGGUGGUGUGCGCAUCGUCCCUGUGGAGCACCUCACCCCCUUCCCAUGUGGCAUCUUUCACAAGGUCCAGGUGAACCUGUGCCGGUGGAUCCACCAGCAGAGCACCGAGGGGGAUGCGGACAUCCGUCUGUGGGUAAAUGGCUGUAAGAUUGCCAACCGAGGGGCCGAGCUGCUCGUGCUCCUAGUCAACCACGGCCAGGGCAUCGAGGUCCAGGUGCGAGGUCUGGAGACAGAAAAGAUCAAGUGUUGCCUCCUGCUGGACUCAGUGUGCAGCACCAUUGAGAACGUCAUGGCCACCACGCUGCCAGGGCUGUUGACGGUAAAGCAUUACCUAAGCCCCCAGCAGCUGAGGGAGCACCAUGAGCCUGUCAUGAUCUACCAGCCGCGGGACUUCUUCCGGGCACAGACCUUGAAGGAGACCUCGCUGACUAACACCAUGGGUGGGUACCGGGAAAGCUUCAGCAGCAUCAUGUGCUUUGGGUGUCAUGACAUCUACUCGCAGGCCAGCCUGGGGAUGGACAUCCAUGCAUCAGAUCUGAACCUCCUGACCCGGAGGAAACUGUGUCGCCUGCUGGACCCACCUGAUCCCAUGGGGAAGGACUGGUGCCUUCUUGCCAUGAACCUGGGUCUCCCUGACCUUGUGGCAAAGUACAACACCAAUAAUGGGGCGCCCAAGGAGUUUCUCCCAAGCCCAGUCCAUGCACUGCUCCGGGAAUGGACUUCCUUCCCUGAGAGCACAGUGGGCAUCCUCAUGUCCAAACUGCGGGAGCUGGGGCGCCGCGAUGCAGCAGACUUUCUACUGAAGGCGUCCUCUGUGUUCAAAAUCAACCUUGAUGGCAAUGGCCCAGAGGCCUAUGACUCAAGCUGCAACAGUGGCACAUCUUAUAAUUCCAUUAGCUCUGUUGUGUCCCGGUGAGGGCUGCUUUGUCUUGGACAGGGUCUUUUAGGACUGCAGAAGCAAGGGGGCUGUAGCCUAUCUUUCCAUGGGACAUUCUGGGUACAUCCCGACUUCUGCCCACUUCAUGCAGGACGCCACCCUCCCUCCUGCUUCACCUACUUCUCUGCCGCUACCUCCCUCCUGCUCAGACAUUCUGUUGUGUCAAUAAUCUUUCUAGUUCAAGAGCAGACUACAUUCUUUCCGUUGACCAUUUGAAAAGCUAUCAUCCCUUCCCUCCAUGUUCUGGGUUCCAUUUCUCAAUUUCCAGUAUCUUGAUUCUUACUGAUAAUUUUACUGGAAUUCCUAACUUUUCAAUGAAAUUUUUUAAUUACCAUGUUGAGUGUCCCUUUAAAAAAAAAGCACAUAUUUAUCUCAAAUAUGUAUUUCUUAUAUUCUUUUCUUUGUUGUAACAUAUCCUCAGUGUAUCUCUUUUAUAUUUGUAGGAAAGAAUCCCAUGUAAGGGAUCCCACUGUAUGAUUAUAAACAGACAAUACGUGAGUGCCUUUUGCAGAAGAGGGUGUGUUUGACAUCAUCCCCAUCAGCCAGGAGCUGUCUGCAAGGAAAUGCUCCCUCUCUGUCCCUUGCUGUAAGCUGAUCAUCGCCAGAGGUGCUUCACCUGCAGUUUUUUUUACCUGAAAUUUUUAUUUUCCUUUGGCAAGGAAAGUGGAGAAAGCAGUCCUCCUCUAGUGAGAUCUCAUGGCCAGUGCUUUUGCUGUGAUAAGACAUGUUUUCAUUUGCUUUUGUUUAAACAUCCAUGUGCACAGCCACAUGGACCCUACAUCCUGUCAUGCCUCAUCAUUCCCUUUCAUCUCAGGGAGAAGGUGGACACAACUGUAGGGUAACAGAGACCUGUGUGAGGAUUCAGGGGACCCCCCGGACUCAGGGUUCCUGGAAGCCCAGCACCAUUUGUGCACAGCUGGGGUUUCCCACAUUUAGGUUCUGGUAUGACAACUUCCUGUACUCAAAAUCUUAAAAGGAAAAUAUAAAAGAAGCAAGUUUUCUUGCAGUGAUUUAAAAUUGUGAAAGUUUUAAAUGUUGAAACAUGUCUUAAUUCUUCUGUCCUGGGAAGCAUGUAAUUUAAUGUUAUGUCGUGUGUGUGUGUGUGUGUGUAUAUAUAUAUGUAUACAUAUAUAUAUAUAUGCAGUAUGUAUAUACAUAUAAAUACAGGUAUUUUUACUUAAUCUAUAAUAUGUAGUAAAAAAAUUGUUUCUCUUAUUUGUUUUUUGGGGUUUUUUUGCUUUUUUAAAAAUAAACUGUUGUGUGUUG